UGGUUGUCCAAUGUUUUCCGGGAACACCGGGUAAACAAGCAUGGAAGCGGCAAUCUUUUCAGUUGUAGGGAGGGAACAAAUUAAUAUUGUGAUUCUACGUGAAGUUGCAACCGAAAUAUAGUGAACUGAAAACGGUAAGCAUCCGAGAAAUGUCAGUAUAGACUUUAUUUGACUUGGUCUUGUUGGCUAAAGUAGCUACAUUAAUAUCCUCUGCUACUACGGAGCCAGUUACCGGUAGCAUAAAGUUGGUUAGCCUAACAUUAAGCUACAUGUGAGGAUAUUUUGCAUGUUAACAUCCAGAAUAAAGAAGAAGAAGACUAAAAAACAGUAAAAAGCCAUUUUAUUUCUGCCGGGUUAGCUGUAAUUAUCGAGCCGACAGCCUCUGGUAUUUCAUAGCAGUGCUUCGAGCAGUCGUUGCUUGGCGCUGUUUAGCCGCAGUUUGUGUCAGGUUGUACUAUGGACUACACCAAGGAAAACGAAGAGGAGGAUGAUAGUGAGGGGGCUUUCUUUAUUGAGGACUCCUGGAGUUCAGAUGGUGAAGGAGUGAUUGAGUUAAGCCAGCAGAAACAUCGCAGCAGCUGUGAACAAGCUGUGCGGCUCAGCGGGGAAAGCUCUCCUCCACUUCUCCUGGCCUUCUCCAUCACCUCAGGACGGACUCUGGAGGACAACAGCUCCAGUCCGGCUUCCAGUAUUGCCUUACAGGAGGAGCAGGAAGAGGAGGAAGAGGAGGACACUGAGCAGCCCGUCGAGGAGUGGAUGAUCCUGGGAGGAGAGGAGCAAGCAGGAGACUCAAGCAUCCAGCUCAACUUGGGAUACUGGAGCAGCUCUGAAGAUGACUCUGGAGAUCCCAGUGAGAAGUCAGUCAAAGAUACUUGGGCUGUAUCAGAGAAAGACAAGUCUCUGUCCAGCCGCUAUUUUAUGCCUGGUCGUUCUCUGCUCUGUAACAUCUGCAACAGGACAGGACACCUUGCCAAAAGCUGCUAUUACCAUAAGAAAUGUCCCACCUGCUUCCUUUGUGGGAUCCAGGGCCACAUCCAGAGGGGCUGUCCGAGCCGCCCCUGCCCCAGCUGUGGGCUGCCUUCACAUGGCCUCAGGCCCUGUGAAACCCCCCCAGUAUGGAACCAACACUGCCAGCGCUGUGGCAUGACAGGACACCUCUCUGAUGCCUGCCCUGAUACAUGGAGACAAUACCACUUGACAAUCCGGUUAGAGGUGCCACUCAGACCACGGACAGUUCACACCCUCAAACAUAAGAGACACCGCGCUCACUGUUACAACUGCUCUGAGAGAGGACAUUAUGGCUAUGAGUGCACGAAGAGGAGGAUGGUCAGUGGGACUUUUCCUUCACUGCCUUAUGUUUGCCACUAUGACACCAUUGAUGAUAUCCUCCAAUGUCGUACCAGGACUCAGAAAAGAGCCAAAGAGCGCAUGAAUUCUGGAUCCAUGGGUCCUUCAGACCAGCAGCCCUUGUCUGAACCAACAGGGGAGAGUGGUGAGGAAAAUGAACCGGUCCAGAGGAGGAGCAGGACAAAGCAGGAGACGUGUCGCCGAGCUGGCAGGAGGAAGACGUGGCCAGAGAGGCGCAGAGAGAGGCAGGAGGUCAAGAGGCUGAGGAGAGAGGCUCAAGCCAGACGAGAAGGAGGGCUGCUGGGGAGGUCCCAGGGCAACGCUGACAAUGAAGCAUGCCAUGCAGACCCCUUCAAGUCCCCCCUCCAUGGUCACUGGGCGUCCACACACCCUCCACAGAAGAAGAGAAAGGAUGAGGCAGGCGGCAGGAGGAGUAGGAGGAGCAGAGAGACAGAGAGGUGGAAGAAGAGAGGAGGGAUAAAACGAGGUGAUUUAUAUCCUCAUGGUGACAUUGACAUUGGAAGUGAAAACCUUCUUUCUCCAAAGCAAAGAGUACGCCACAGAAGAAGAUAAAGCCUGACUGCUUGUUUAUUUAUUUUUAAAUAGUGAGAAAUGUAGCUGGAAGACAAAAAAAGUGAUUUUGUAUUUCAUGGUCUUUUGAUUGAUUCAUUAAUUUAUUGUUAUACAGAAAAACACAACUGUAGAUAAUAGCAAUAAACAAUAGCAGAUACAGUUGAAGGGUCAUCAUCGUCUGUGUAAUUUUGUACUAACCUUAUCCUGUAAAUACAUCUACUGCUAUUAUACUGGCUGGGCCAAAUUUCACAUGUACAAUUUUAAACAUACAGUAUUCUUGAAUAUGUUUUUAUACAACCCUAGCUUUUUUUGCUCAUUUGUAUCGUGUUUUCAUCUCACUAAAUAUAAUGCUAGUUUUGCAGUGACAUUUCAUUUUCUGUCAGUAAAAUACUUGAAAUCAGGUCAAAGGCACAGACCUUUGAUUGGCCUUUGUAAAGCGUCAUAUUUAUAUUGUAAAGACAGCGACAAUAAACGUGCAUUUCUAGAUAACCUCA